UAGGUAGGAUAGGAUUCGUACAUUUGCGUGCCGGAAGUGAUGCUGACAGCUCCGAGAAGUAACGUUACGUGUUGGUACCUUCUUAAUACAUCCAUGGUUGGUACUCGCAUAAACUUCGGUUUCACUUUUGCAGCGAGCCAUGUCAGCGUUGUUUGUUGUAACGAAACCAAAUGUUGACUCGACAAACCGUCUGAAUUCAACCAGUGGGAUAUACACCCGUCGCACCGCAUCUGUCUGAGUGCUAAGCAGGAGAGAAGCUUGGUGAAAAGAGGAUGGAUGGCGUCAGCUGGAGCACCACACGGGCCCAGGAGUCGUUCAGCCGCGCGAGGACAGCAGGAGACACACUGUCCAGGCUCGCCAGCUUCAUCGCACGGGCUGACCCAAAGCCGCACGCACCAAACAAGAGGCAGCAGCCAGCCCACUCGCCCUACGCUUGCCAAGAAUGUGGUAAGAGCUUCCCAUAUACGACAGAUCUGUUGGAGCAUCAGGAACUAAAACACGCACUACCCAAGCCUCACCAGUGUCUCUCUUGUGGGCAGGCGUUCUCCCUGCGCUCGUCCUUACAGCUACAUAAGUGCAAUCACGAUUCUUCCCCGUGUGAACUCUGUCAUGGAGAGACACAGCCGGGUCCUCCGUGCCCUGCAUGCAAUCUAACCUCAGAUCCUGGCAGGCUGCAGGACAAGUCCCCUCACCGCCAGCCUCACCUCAGUAGCCCUUACGCGUGUGCCCUGUGCGGGAGAGGCUUCAGCCAAAAGCAGGCUCUGCUACACCAUCAACAAGCUGGUUGUAGUGAACCGCCAUUCCCAUCUGAUAUAGUUGAUGCAGGCAGCCUUCCAGAUGACUCUCCACCAGCUUCUGAGGGAGACUCGACCUGUUCGGAUUCUUCAGACACCCCAGGGCCCAGCAGCAGAGCUGUAAACGUGUGCCAAUUCUGUUCGAAAACGUUCCGCACGGAGGCUGGACUGCAACGCCAUAAACAAACCAACCACUCAGAGGAGCGGCUGAUGGCUACACAGGGACAAAAGACCAAAGGAGAAGGUGCGGGUGGAGAAGAGAGCAAAGGAGGGACUACCAAGGUGAAUGGAAAUCUAAUUAAAAUGGCAAAAUCCAAAAAAAAGCCUCUGGCCUGUCGGUCUUGCGACAUGGUUUUCGGGAGCACCUCGAUGCUGUACGUGCACAGAAAAGAGAAGCACAGCAGAGAGAAAAUCACCAGGAGAGAACCACGGCCACGGCCCGUCAUCAUCAAGCGCAGAAAAGGAGGCGCGUAUCCGUGUCAGGUCUGCGGCAAAGUCUUCGUCCAUCAUUUGUCACUUCGGGCACAUUACAAACAGCACACAGCCUCAAGCUUCAACGCAGUCAAAAACAAAAGCCAGCCUGAAGGAUGUACCACCAAAGAGUCUGAGUUAUCAGUAAAUAGACCAAAUGAAGUGAAACCCAACACAGCAGAAAACAAGACUGUCAAGGCUGGUCGAGGGAGGCCCAGGAAAACGGUCAGAUUAAAGAACAAGGUAACGGAUCCAGAGAGAUGCAGAGAAGUGCCUGAAGUGAAGGAAGAGGAGGAGGACGAUGACGAACAGGACGAACAGGAGAGGGAGUUCCCAUGCCCCUCCUGUGCAGAGGUUUUCUAUCUGCAGUCGCAGCUAAGCGAGCAUGUGGAGCUCCACCAGUCGUCCGUGAAGAGGAGACAGUGCAGCGUGUGCGUAAACGAGAUGGACACCUGUAAAUGGCCCGGCUCAAAGAGGCAGAGGCUGUACCACUGUGUGCCUUGCCAGCAGGGUUUCUCAGCACUGGACACUUUCCUAGAACACUGUCAGAAGCAUCUGCGAGUGCGUGUGGAGGAGGACAGCGUCACUGAGGGCUACGCACAUCAGGCCAGCAAAGCCUGAGGUGCAGUUUUGAAUGUCGUCAGCGAUUUUUGCCUUUUUUGCCUUCAAGGGUUAGAGAGCAGAGAGUGAUUUAUGAAUUAAAUUCUUGUUGAUCAACCAGUUCAUUGAUUGAGCAUUCAGAACACCUUGUUUUUAUAACCAACAUAUCAAGGAAUAAAUUGUUAAAGUACCAUAGCAGGAUUUUUGCAUGUUUUUUACUAGGGCUGGUCGAUUAUGGAGAGAAAAAAAAAAAAUCAUAAUCCCGAUUAUUUUGGUCAAACUUGAAAUCAUGAUUAUUUAACAGGAUUACUCAUUGCCUUUGGUAAGAUGUUGCAUUUAGUGAACUUAAAACGGUUGAAUCAACAGUGAGAAAUUUCCCCUAAUACUUUUCCCAUUUGAAUGAUUUUUUUUUUUUCUCCGUUCAUAACACAAAACAAAAUAAGCGUUUACUUGCAAAACAUAAUGUGCAAAACCAUUUUUUUUCUCAACUACAUUGUUUUUGUGAUCGUUGGGAGCCAAAAUCAUAAUUGCAAUUUAAAAUUUGAUCAAAUGCACAGCCCUAGUUUUUGCUAUAAAUCAAAUACACUUUACUGCCAAACAUUUUAUUUUUAAAUGUUCCAGGCAACCACUUGUUUCUUUUCUCAGUACAGCAUGUAGAUCAAUUUGUGUGAGCUCCAUUACAGUGAUUAUUUAACUUUUAACGUUAUCACUGCAUGUUAAACCUUUUUGAAAACUGAUCAUGUCAUGUUUUUAUGGGACGGUCCACCACUUCAGAUUUGAGUCACUCACAGAGCAGCGCUGCAUAGACAAGCUGUGUUGUUGUGAAAUCAAACAAAACUCAAACGCAAAUGUGGGCAUUGCAAAGAGGACCAUGUGAGUUCCCCCCCUCCCAUAAGCACUCAUGUGCACCAAUAAUGAACUUUUCAAAUUCGUAAUCAAGUUCAGCUUUGUCACAACAUAAAGAUAACAGAACUUUGACUAAACAUAAAGCCAACAGGUACACUGUGAUGGAUUACCUGUGACCAGCCAGUCUGCAGGUUGGUUUUGACAGUUUAAUGAAAUCCACUGAAACCUGUAGCAGCCUGGAAGUAUGCUUCUUUAAUAGUUUGUCAUAGCCACUCUAUUUUACUAUGACUGAUGCCACGGUUUGGUACAGAUCAGGACCUUGUUUCCCUAAAACAUUUUGAAGCUAAAAUGCACUUAGUCCAUAAACUUACAAUGGGACUGAGGUCAUCUUGGCCUUUUUUUGGGGGGAGGUGGGGGGGAAACGAGACCCUCUGCACAACCAUGGUACGUCCUAGCCAAAGCACUGCCACAGAUAUCUUGUUUACUAGAGUCUAUUUUUACACCAGACAUCUGGAGUGCUUUAGCUAAGGUCAGAAAUGUCUUUUACUUCAUUUUAGUUCUUCUUCUUACAAUUUUGGCAAUAAUUUAGUCAUGGAUUGGUGGAAACUCUGGUGUGUCACUUGCUGGGUUGUCACUGUUGUGUGUUGGACCCAGGUAUUUGCAUUUGCGUUGAAUUUGUAGCACUGCUUAGGGCACUCUAUGGAAAUGUAGUGAUUUGAUCAAGACUGGUCACCUAUUUGCAAGUGCUGUCCCAAGGUGUGAAAGAAGUCACAAAGUAUAAAAUGUUAUCAUGUUUCUGAGCAUUCUUAUUUGCUGUUUUGAGGUUCUGACAUGUGAUAGUUAUUGAUAUAAUCUACUGGACAGUAGGGCUGGGUUUAAAAAAAAAAAAAAAAAUCUAAUUUUUAUUUGAAUGAUCCAAAAUCAAUUCAUGAAAUCCUGAGAUUGAUAUUUUUUAAGAGGCUCUGUUUUCAAACUAGACUGAAGAUAUUGCUGUCAUGUUGUAAUUGUAAUGUAAUUCAAUUGCAAAGGGAAAAAGAAAAGCACCUUUUUUCUGUCUAUGUAACUGCUUUGGGGUCAGUUCUUAACGACAACAUUAAUAUUUUAAUAAUGCACCAAGUAAGAGAGUUCCUUGUACAAUUUACAUUAUUAGUUCUUUGAGAGUCUUUUUCACAUCCAAGCGAUAUUGAAUCAAAUAAAAUAAAAUUGAUUCAGGAAAUCAUUGGCGAUACCCAGCCCUACUACUGGGUGAACAGACUUUGAACGGCUGUCAUGGGUAGUUCUACCGAAUACAUAGCCCUUCAUUACGGCCUGUCUUUUUAGCCGGCAUGUAUUUGGUGAUGUUACCUAGCUAUGCAAAACGAUAGACUGAUGGCAGCCCUUCAGUAUGUCUGCGAUGCUUAAUAAGUGCGCUUUGGUGAAUGAACAAGGAUCCACAUGAGGUUGUUUCUGUUGUUUUUCUUAAAGAUUUUCAGCUACUGUUUUCAAAGUCCUACUGUGAAAAUGUAUAAAAUGAUUUAAUAGGUUCCGAAGGUCUUUUGUAAAUUAGUUUAUGGCUCUUUAGAAUACCGAAUUAAAACAAUUCUCAUGAGA